GGUUGGUGCGGACUCCUGGCUUGGUUGCACUGGGCCCCGCUUGUUUUGCAGGGGCUUUUGUGUCCGGCGUUGGCUUGGCUUUGUGUGCGCGAGUUUCCGCUGUGCUCCGUGGCGCAAGUCCUGGCCGAGAGCUGUAAGACUCGGAGGCGGUAGCGCGGCCCCCCACCCCCCCGGGCGAGGAGCGAGCGCGCCGGCGUGAGCGGCGGGUGCAACGGCUGCGGGGAAGGGGAUUCGCCGCCGCCGAGAUGCCGGAGUUCCUGGAAGACCCCUCGGUCCUGACGAAAGAGAAGUUGAAGAGUGAGUUGGUCGCCAACAAUGUGACGCUCCCGGCCGGGGAGCAGCGCAAAGAUGUGUACGUGCAGCUCUACCUGCAGCACCUCACGGCGCGCAACCGGCCGCCGCUCGCCGCCGGCGCCAACAGCAAGGGGCCCCCGGACUUUUCCAGCGACGAAGAGCGCGAACCUACCCCGGUCCUGGGCUCCGGGGCCGCCGCCGCGGGCCGCAGCCGCGCCGCCGUCGGCAGGAAAGCCACAAAGAAAACAGAUAAACCCAGACUAGAAGAUAAAGAUGAUCUAGAUGUAACCGACCUCUCUAAUGAAGACCUUCUGGAUCAGCUUGUGAAAUACGGAGUGAACCCUGGUCCUAUUGUGGGAACAACCAGGAAGCUAUAUGAGAAAAAGCUGUUGAAACUGAGGGAACAAGGAACAGAAUCUAGAUCUUCUACUCCUCUGCCGGCAAUUUCUUCUUCAGUGGAAAAUACAAGACAGAAUGGAAGUAAUGACUCUGACAGAUACAGUGACAAUGAAGAAGACUCUAAAAUAGAGCUCAAGCUUGAGAAGAGAGAACCACUAAAGAGCAGAGCAAAGACUCCGGUAACACUCAAGCAAAGAAGAGUUGAGCACAAUCAGAGCUAUUCUCAAGCUGGAGUAACUGAGACUGAAUGGACAAGUGGAUCUUCAAAAGGCGGACCUCUGCAGGCAUUAACUAGGGAAUCUACGAGAGGGUCAAGAAGAACUCCGAGGAAAAGGGUGGAAACUUCAGAACAUUUUCGUAUAGAUGGUGCAAUAAUUUCAGAGAGUACUCCCAUAGCUGAAACUAUAAUGGCUUCAAGCAACGAAACUUUAGUUGUCAAUAGGGUGACUGGAAAUUUCAAGCAUGCAGCUCCUAUUCUGCCAAUCACUGAAUUCUCAGACAUACCCAGAAGAACACCAAAGAAACCAUUGACAAGAGCUGAAGUGGGAGAAAAAACAGAGGAAAGAAGAGUAGAAAGGGAUAUUCUUAAGGAAAUGUUUCCCUUUGAAGCAGCUACACCAACAGGAAUUAGUGCUAGUUGCCGCAGACCAAUCAAAGGGGCUGCUGGCCGGCCAUUAGAACUCAGUGAUUUCAGGAUGGAGGAAUCUUUUUCGUCUAAAUAUAUUCCUAAGUAUGUUCCCUUGGCAGAUGUCAAGUCAGAAAAGACAAAAAAGGGACGCUCCAUUCCCAUGUGGAUAAAAAUUUUGCUCUUCGUUGUCGUAGCCUUUUUUUUGUUUUUGGUCUAUCAAGCUAUGGAAACCAACCAAGGAAAUCCAUUCUAUAAGUUUCUUUCUAAUGACUCUAAAAAAGUCAACUGAAUGAUAUCUCUUUGGCACAUUCAGCUUGGUCUCCUAGUUUUAAUAACUGUAUUAAAAAAAUUUGUGUACACUUGACUCAAGAACAAAAAAAAUGUGAUUUCACCUCAGUAAAUAUAGUAUUCCAUUGAAAAGCAAGCAAGAUAUAUAUAAAUGGACUUCAUUCAAUGUUUUGGACUUCGGACUAGUAGGAGAUCACUUUGUGCCAUAUGAAUAAUCUUUUUUAGCUCUGGAACUUUUUUGUAGGCUUUAUUUUUUUAAUGUGGACAUCUUAUUUCUUUUUUGAGAAAAAAUGUAUAUUGUUUUUGUGUAUUUGGGAAACAAGAAGGGCAAAACAUGGUAGUAUAAUGUGAAGCUACACAUUUAAAUACUUUGAAUUCUUACAGAAAAGAUUUUAAGAAUUAUUCUCUGCUGAAUAAAAACUAGAGACAUGUGAAACGUGAAAUUCGGUAAGAGAAAAAGUAACUUGAGAUUGUAGUUUUGGUGACUGCAACAAAGUUUGAUGGUGUUUAUGGGGAAAAGUACAGUGAUAAUCUCUUCUGUAACUUUUAUUAAUAGUAAUAAUGUUAUUGUUGUAGCCCUAUUGUACUCACUUUUUAAAAGAUAUCUAGUAUUGUGAAUGUCCUACUUCGGUAAGACCCAUUUAAAUGCAGUUGAUUUUUAGCAGGGAUCUAUCAGUGCAACUUACACAUGUUUUAGAGAACUGUUAGCUGGCUGUACAUGUUUUUAAAGACUGUUUAGCUAGCUAUAAGACUAUAAUUGGAAACUUGUACUUUUUAUUUACAGCAAAACAUUUAUUCUAUCAAUCUGUUACCAAAAUAUUUUUUAGAUAAAUAGGUGUGUGUGUGUGUGUUCAGAAGUUAGAAAUUUUAAACACCAGUCUUAGGUUCCAUUUGGAUUCAUUAUUGAAUUAUCUUCUGUUACCAAAAAUGCAUUUUGCCAAGGGUUUUUUUGCCCUGUAUUUCCCAACAUAAUUUGAUU